UCUAGUUACUUGUUUUCCCUCCCUUACCAUCCUGUGUCCACUUGGUCGCAGUUAACCUUUUAUAAUGCGGAGAAGCUGGGAUGCGUUUUAUCAUUUAGAAGGUUACUGGUCAGACAGGAAGCAAAAAGUGUGGUUAGCCUAACGGAAGACUGGAGGGGAAGCUUUUUUUUUUAUAUAAAUACACUCAGUAUGUUCUGCGUAGUCACUCAGACUGAAGUGGAACCAGGCACAGGAAGAUUAAAGCAAGAGUCAGUGGAGCUUUAAGAAAGGAAUUAAGGCAAAGCUAGAGAAAGUUUGAUAACCGACAAAGAUCCAUUAUUCAUUGACCAAGAAGUCUUGUCAGAGGAAAUAGUCUCAUAUUUCAACUCUGAGACCAGUCAUGCUCCCAGUGUGAGCUGCUGAGAGACUAAAUGAUCCUUUCGAUGGCAGUUUUGACAGGUGUGAAGUCCGGGGCUGGACAGAGGACGCGUAAAGGGAGUCUGUCGUGGCCCGUUUCCCUCCUGAUGCUGGCUGCCGUCACAUCGUCCUCUCUUUCAGCCUUGUCCCUGUACCAGCUGAUGGCUCUCAGAGCUGAGGUAGAGGAACUCAAAUCAGAGGUCCUUCGUAAGAGACAAGAGGGUCAAGAGGUCAAGCGUGGAGCGCAGCCUGAGAAUAUAAGGAGUAGCAGCCAAGAAAUCCUACAUCAACCUGAGGCUCCGUAUGGUUCCUCCCACAUGAGAAGGAAGAGAAUGGUGGCUGCAACAGAGACACGAGUUUUUCAGCCUUGUCUACAGCUGUUGGCGGACGAUGACAGGACAACCUUCGCAAAAGAAUUUGACUUGGAGCCGCACACAGGUAUCCCGUGGCAGACUGGACUGAGGAGGGGCUCUGCCAUGGAGGCAGACGGUGACAGCAUCCUGGUUAAAGAGGAGGGCUUCUUCUUUGUGUACAGUCAGGUCUAUUACAUGGACAAAAUUUUUGCAAUGGGACACGUGGUGAUCCGGAGGAAGAGGAAUGUGGUGGGUGACGAGCCUCAGUAUGUGAUCCUGUUCCGCUGUGUCCAGAACAUGAAUCCUGACUACCCUUUCAACACCUGCUACACAGGAGGUAUUGUGAAACUGGAGGUUGGCGACCACUUGGAGAUUCUGAUCCCCCGUCCCACAGCCAAUGUGUCCCUGGAUGGAGAAGCCACCUUUCUGGGUGCCGUCAAAUUGGCUUAAAAUGUGUGUCACCUCCCUUUGAACGCAUGGGACGCUGUUGUCUUGGGGAACAGGUGCCAAAUGGGGAGGAGAGUGGGCAACAAGGAACAGUUCUGUGUCAGGAUGCUGGACGGACAGAUGCAGGAAGUAGAGUUUUCUGUACUCCCUGUGUGACUCCUUGCUUGUGGACAAGGAGUUGACAACAUAGUCUUUGCAUACAUAUACUCAAGAUGCACCUUAUAGCUCUGUUUUUAACACUCAGCAAGACAACUAUUGAAAAGUUGUGCCAUAAUAAAGUACCCUUUAUGCACUGA